CCAAUCGAUAUUCGGUUUCGCAAUCUGCAAUGACGCUUGGGCUAUUCAGUCUUACGGGUGCCAGUAUUGCAAUUGUUGCUGUUCCGUUGGCGAUAACCGGCCUUGCUCCUAUUGCUGGAUCAUCGUGUACAUUAUUGACUGCGUUGGCUGGAAAGCCACUCAUCGCAGCAGCUGCCACCCCUGAGGUUUUGACAUUGACGACAUGGAUCGCGACAAAUCUAACGAGGAAAACCGUCUAUCAAAUCGCCAGUGAACAAGGGCUCAAGGAAGAAGAACUGGAAAAAACGCUGCAAGAGACAGGUACCCUUCUCGAUGGACUCAAGUAUCUCUGCUUACCUAACACAACAGACCCAACUAAGGAAGAGCCACCACAGGCACCCGUAAAUCUUCCCAACACACCCGACAUCCAAGCCGUUGAAAACUCGAAGAAGGCGCUGCUGGGACUCUUGAGUCCGGAGAUGCUCGACAAAUUUGCAAAAUUUUAUUCUUCCAAAACUGAGAAGAUAACGGAUCCUAAACCCACGCGUCAGCCUCAACAAUCAAACCCAGAGCCUUCUCCAAUUGGCCAAAACAAUUCGAAUUUGAAGACUAAAAAUGUCAAGGAAUCUCCAUUGGAUAGCUUGACAUCCGUCUUCCAUGAAUUUUCGAAAUUUCAACUUCAAAACAUGAAACGUAACAAAGGAAAAUCAAAGAAAAGAAAGUCUGAUUUGGAUAAGGAGGAUGGUGGUGGUGAUGAUGAUAAUGAGUCAGGGAAGAAUUGCAAAGAAGUUCACGAAGCAGAAGACGAUCGGGAAUUGGUUGAAAACGAGAUCAUUUCAAGAUUCAACAAUCAACCAACAUUCAACGCAAACGAAACAGUUUAUAUUGGCUUCAAUAAUUUAUAUCAGUUUGAGUGGCAUACAAACAAAGAUAUUCACCAGAAUCAAGGGACUAAAUUUGUACUAGUUGACACAUCAACUUGA